AUGGGAAAGUGUCGCGGAAAGAUAUGCUUCGACCGCAGCGGUGAUGGAUCAUCUCUCUCUCUCUCUCUCUCUAUCUCUCUCUCUCUCUCUCUCUCUCUCUAUCUAUCUAUCUAUCUAUCUCUAUCAGUCUCUCUCUCUCUCUCUCUCUCUCGUAUUGACUCUUUCUCUUUCUCAUACUGUCUCUUUCUUUAUAUCGCUUUCGUUACCUUUCUCUCUCUUUCUACGUCCUCAUCCGUCUCUCUUUUCCAUCUUCGUCUCUAUGUAUUUCCCUCUAUUUCUCUUUCUCGCUAUCUCUCCCCUUCUCUCUCUUUCUCUCUCUCUCUCUCUUUCAUAGUGUCUCUUUCUUUCUAUCCCUUUCGUUAUUUUUCUUUCUCUUUCUAUGUCCUCAUCCGUCUCUCUUUUCCAUCUUCGUCUCUAUGUAUUUCCCUAUAUUUCCCUUUCUCUCUCUCCCCUUCUCUCUCUCCCCUUCUCUCUCUCCCCCCUUCUCUUUCUUCUUCUCUCUCUCUCUACUCGUUUCUUUCUCGCCAUCAUUUCUAUCAUUUUCUCUCAAAAUUUCUCAUUUUUCUUCGUCUUGCAUUUUAUUGUCUUUUGACUAUCUAUCUAUCUAUCUAUCUAUCUAUCUAUCUAUCUAUCUAUCUAUCUAUCUAUCUAUCUAUCUAUUUCACGAUUAUUCUCUCUCUCUUACUCCAUCCUUCUCUAUGUCUUUCCGUAUUUUCCUCUAUCUUUUUCUUCUUCUUCUUCUUCUUCUUCUUCUUCUUCUUCUUCUUCUUCUUCUUCUCUCUUCCCCCCAUCUACUUUUCUCCCCGUCCUCUCAUUAUUUCUCCCCUUUCGGUCCCCACUUUCUUACUUUCAUACUAUUUUCUCCCUCUACCUUAUCUUUCUGCAUUUUUCCCUCAAAUAACUCUCCCUUCCACUUUCACUCAUUUUUUCUUUUCUCUCUCUUUUCCUCAUUUCUUUUCCGGUCGCUUUUCCUCUCCCUCUCUCUCUCUCUCUCUCUCUCUCUCUCUCUCUCUCUCUCUCUCGUAUCUCGUAUCUCGUGUCUCUUUUUCUUUCUUUCCUAACUCCUCUUUCUCUCUCCCCGUUUCCCCCACUCUUUUUCAGUUUUAUCUCACUCUCUUUUCUUCUCCCCCUCUCUUUCUCUCUUACGCGCACAGGCACGCACAAACACACAUACACACACGAGUCCGCGCGACGCACGCACGCAGUUUCUAUAUGUUUCGACCACCCGAAUAG